ACCACAAUCCGAACAGCCUCGCAAGUGGCUCGACCGCACGCUGCCGUGGCUCAAUUGCACGCAGAGGCAUGUAAGAAUACACUCAGGCAUAGCCAAGCACCUGUGAACGUGCAUACCCGUGUGUCAAGAGCGAACUUCCAUGCACAUGCGGCUGUACGUGCUCGAAGCAAGCACAACAGAGCGAGGCAUGCGGCCGCGAGAGAGGAGUUGUUGAAGUCCAUGAAGCCAAGGCCGACCACUCCCGCGCUCAAACCAAGCGCCAAACAAAGGAUGGGAUCAGGUAUCGGCAUACCCACUACAACGGCCAAAGACCUGCACCAGACGGGCAAUUCUGCCGCAGCAGCAGCCACUACCACUGAUCCGGAAAGCGCAGAAGGUGCCGAGAAACCCGCAGAGACCACAGCACCCACAAAACCCAGCCUUGCGAUUUUCACGCCCAUGAAGGACGCGCCUGGGUGGCACGUAGACGCCGCUGGUAACAUUGCGUUUACCGGAAACCGGUACGACGAAGAUGGCAAUUUGGCCAGUGAUGGAGAGUUUGAUGAACGUGGCGAUCUGAUAAGAGACGGCCCACCGGGUGUUGGACGAGCCCACACGCAGCAAAACGAGCUCAAUACCAACAAAUUCAUAAAGGACAAGGCACCCAGUACAGAUGAAGCAAGCAUAGAGUCUGGCAACGCCGAGGUGGCUGAGGAAGAGAAGCCACGUACUGGCAGUCGAGGUCAGUUUUCUAACCAGGAAGAGGUGCUUGAGGGUAAGAUGCAAUACAAGGGCUUUCUGUACAACAGCGAAGGUCAACUAGAUGGUGACGGAGGCUACGACAGUGACGGUGUGCUCGUUGCGGACAAGUUCCGAGCCGAGGAGAGCCGCUUGCGAAAGGAGAUGGGCGUGCCACUAAUCACCAGAGAGGAAGAGUUGGCGCGAGAAGAAGAGUGGAUGAGAGAUAACGAUAUGUUCGAGCCAGCUGACUCCCAGACCGACGGCGAAUUCAGCGAUGAUGAACCGAUUAAUGACGCAGAUGAAGAGAUGGAAGCCCCUGAACCCACUGGCGAGCCCCCAGAAGACCCUCCACUACUGUACUCUCGCAACAGGCCUGUAGUAUACCGUAGCGAACGCUUUUGGGACGAUGACUUCCCCGAAGAGAUGGUGUGGCAUCCCAGUGAGCGCGUGAUGAAGACCGUGUACGCAUUCUAUUGCCAGGACCCAAAAGUGUGGACUAUCUCCCGACUCGCCACUCACUUCGCUAUGGCCCAGGAUACGGUAAUGGGGCUGAUCCAAUUGAUGGAAAUGAGAGAAGUCAGUCUCAAAGAGGGCGUCGACCCCGAGAAGAUUUGGGCCGAAGAUCAGGUGCACACCAUGAUGGCGCUGGUGCCAGGGGGUAGAAACGCGCCCCCCUUGAAAAUCAACGAUAACGAGAUCUACGACUACAAAAGUGAUGGCGAGCUCGACAACGAGGAAGAACCCGAGUACAAAGUGGUGUACCGUAAGACACGCAUACCAGGCGAGCAGGUGCUCAGGCAAAUGGCCACAAUGAUCGGAUGCAACGACAACUAUAUUGGGGAUGUUGGGCCACCCGAGCCUAUCGUCGUGUGGAAGACGGAUCUAUGGGGCGGCAGCGCACAAGGAGCUACGGCUGAUGAUGGAACAGUUGACGGUGAAACUGCGGACAAUCUCGAAGAACCAGCUGAACCAGCAGCCGAAGAUGGUGCAGAAGACGCUGAGGAGAAACCGGUGAAACGUCCUUUCUUCAGAGAGAAGGAUACAUUUGAGUACAAUUUCGUAUUCACGGAUGUGAAAGAUAAGACUUCGUCCUCGACACGAAAGGUUACACACAAGAUCCGACACAAAUCGGGUACGAUGGUGAAGCCCAAUCCGGAGAUGGCGUACCGACUGGAUAAGAAGUCAUCGAACAAGACCAACCGAAGCAAGCGAUUAUUUUAG